GGGAAGUGGAAAGGAUGGUGCGUACGAUCAAAGAGUUGUUUGCGAAAGCAGACGAUCCUUUUUUGGCUGUUCUGUCGUACAGAGACACUGCAGGCGUCACAGGGUUCAGCCCAGCGCAGCUACUCCUCCGAUUGCCCACUUCCGGCGCGGAGGGUGAGAUCUCGCGCCUGGGAGUGAGCAAGGUCGUUCGCGUUGGGGACGGCUUCAUGAGCAUCGCUGCCCAUACAGUAGACUGCCUGGACCCGAAGUGGCCUGCGCCAGACGAUGUGAAGUGCCAAGACGAAGAGGUGAGAGGGCGGCAGAAGAAAGACUUCGAUCGCCGUCAUGCCGUGACCGUACUUCCUCCGCUGCAACCGGGUGAUACGGUGUGGGUUCGAGACAUCAAGGAUACGGCGUCUGUUCUCAGCCCAGCCUCCAAGCCCCGCUCGUACGUCGUCGAAACACCCAACGCGGUGCUUGUGCGUAAUAGGAUACAUCUAGUGCCCUAUUUAGACACAACGAUGAGCCAGCUCGGAGUGAAAACCGUGAGGGACACGAAGAGCAGACCACGGCAACAGACGCCACGGCAACCGCAACACCGCAAGUCUCCAAAGAUUGUAAAGGCCACAAAAGCCCUUCUGCGUUUCUUGAAGGAAGGACACUGGAUUAUAUGA